AGCAUGUGAGUUGACUCAAGUCACGUUUAUAUUUGGAGGGAGAAAAGUGAGGUUAUCCUAGUAUUGUUUUUAUUUAUUAUAGCAUUAGAUAAAUGGAGUAUAAUAUCGAUUUAAAAAUACACACUCUUUUAGAAAUACUUCUACGUAUUCUACCAUAUUUGACAAUUACAUCAUUAUUGCUGUUAGUGUUAAUAAAUUUGUAUUUCAAAAUACGGCGCCGGCUUCCUAUAAAUGUAAAUUGCUGGUUCUGUAACCAAUGGACUAAAGUAUCAUAUGAUGAUUAUAAUAGUUUCAUUUGUUCACACUGUGAACAGUAUAAUGGUUUUAAUAAGGAUGGUGAUUAUAAUCAGCUGUUGCCAGAAUUUAGUGAUGAACUUCUUAAUACUAAAAAUACUGCCUGUAGAAAGACUGUUAUUUCUAAUACUGUUAAUGGUUUAUGCCAAUUUUGUAACAAUAAUCAACAACUUAAGAUCUAUCAGUUGGCCAAUUUUAUACCUUUAUAUGAAGAAAACUAUGAUAUUGAAAUUGAACAUUUUCAGAAACAAUUGGAGAGGGCAUACAAACUCUGUGCUCAAUGUGAUAAAACAGUAAAUAGCACUAUUCGCAAACAGAAUUCCUUAUUGGGAUUGAAUAUUUCAAAUUUAAAAAGAAAGGGCAUCAUUCCUUUAGAUGCAAAUAAUUACUGUAGCAUAAGCAAGCCAGUAAAGUUUAGAUUAUGUCUAAAAUUGCUGCAAUUAAGUCUUAUGAUAUUAACAUUGCUGCAGUCUGUACUUGUGUUCAAUGAUCUUUUUAGACAUACAACAGCAGCUGCAUUUCUUAAUGUGGUUUCUGAAAGAUAUUUAAUUUAUUACAGUUACCUUCGAGAUAAUUUUAAUGACAUUAUCAAACACACAGAAAUACCUCAUUCUUUAUUAAGAAUUUACUCACUGCAACUGCCAAUUAUUACAAGACUGUCACUUAAAUUUCAUUCCAUUAAAUAUNAGGUGUUGUGCGGAAAAUGCUAG